AUGGCAGCGGACACGCUGGCCGCAAGCUACGACACCAACGUGGGCAACCGCGGCGCAUUCAACCUCAACGGCGGGCGCAUCUUUGACCCGCUGCUCGUCGGGUACCAGGAGAUGCAGCGCGUGUGGGCCGAGACGCUCGACCCGACCAAGGCGGGGGCCAGUGGCACCGGCAGCAGCAGCAGCAGCAGCAGCGCGGUGACACGGUCUGAAAAUGUUGUCGACGGAGAGGCAGAGGCGGCGCCCGACGGCACGGACGGGGACGCCAGCGCCAGCGCCAGUGCCAGUGCCAGCGUGCGCGUGCGCGUGCCCGACUCUGGUUCCAACCCCAACUCCCACUCCCACUCCAACCUCGGCUGGUGGCCCGGGCGCUGGCCACUGGGCAUGUCGUCUGUGGGUAAGCGGGCCAAGACGUCUGAAUCCCGGGCCGCCAACGCAGAUGGGGAACAACCCCUUGCCGCUGCCGCUGCCGAAUCCCCGGCUCUUCCGCUCACGGCCCCGACGCGAGCCUCCGACACGCGCCUUCCGGCUGGCUAUGUCGAUCUGCGCGUGGGUGGCGUCGGCCUGGUGUUCGACCUCGGGUGGCGGCGCACAGACGCGGCGCUGCGCUGGGAGGUCGAGGACGUGCGGUAUGCGGCCGAGCAGAAGCGCUGGCGGGGCGCGGUGCGCGAGCAGCGGCGGCGCGGGGGGAAGAGUGUGGAUGUGGGCGUGGGUGUGGGUGACGCUGCGGGUGGUGUGGCAGAGGCCGCGGUCGGCAGCGAGGGCAAGAAGAGUGGGUGGGCGGGGGCAUCGUUCAUGGGUUCGUGGUAG